CAAUUCAAAGAGAAUUUCCCUCUGAAUUUUCUCACUUUCAGUUUCGAUCGAAAGAAGCGCGUGUUUUUCAAUUCUUACUUGGUGUUUCGUUUUUUCCUCCAGGAUUAUGGAACGAUUAUUCCAAUCGAUCAAAGACAAUACCACUCCACAAAAAGCGGUGAUUACCGGAAAGAUUCCUGAUUGGGUAGAAGGGCAGCUGUUCAGAAUUGGGCCAGCCAAAUGGGAUUUCGAAGAUGGAUUCUUUGUUAAUCACUGGUUGGAUGGAUGCGCCUUAAUGUAUAAAUUCGUCAUCAGAAAUGGAUACGUUGAUGUUAUGUCAAAGUUUUUGGAUACUGUAGCAUACCAGAAGAUGACACUAGUCAAUAGACCUGUCUUUACAGAGUUUGGAACCAAGUCCUAUCCAGAUCCUUGCAAAAACGUUUUCUCAAGAUACUUUUCAAAAUUGGUUCCUCUCGAAUUGACCGAUAAUGCUGUUGCAAAUGUAUUUGUUAUUGAUGACGAGCUCUAUGCUUCUUCUGAGACUUGUCAUUUGUGGAAAGUUAAUCCGAAAGAUCUAGAAUGCACUAAAAGAAUAAAUUUAAAUGAAGUUUUGUCUGUCAAUCUGGCUAGUUCCCAUCCUCAUAAAUGUUUAGAUGGAACUAUUUACAACCUCGGUGCCAGUUUUAUGACUGGAUUGAGAUACCACAUCGUCAAAAUCAAUCCUCAAGACGGGGGAACAAAAGAAGGCAAAGGUUUUGAGCGGGCCUCAAUUCUGUCGAGCCUCAGCGCCAAUCACAAGACAAGCUUCAGUUACUACCACAGUUUCGGACUGACACCACGGUACAUAUUGUUCUUGGAACAACCACUCUAUGUCAAUACAGUAAGAAUGGCUGCUUCGGGUAUAAAAGGUUAUUCAGUGAAAGAUUGCUUUGAUUGGUGCCCAAAAGACAAGACUAAAUUUCAUUUAAUAGACAGAGUAUCUGGGCAAGAACUAAAGAUCAAAUUUCAGUCUGAUGCUUUCUUUUUCUUUCAUCACAUCAACACUUAUGAAGAAGAUGAUCACGUGGUGGCUGACAUUAUGGCUUUUCCCGAUCCAGGAGUGUUUGAUAAGUUUUAUCUCCAGAAACUCAGACUCGGAGGAUUCGAUCAAACAUGCCAACCUAUUUUCACACGAUUUGUAUUGCCUUUGAAAGCCGAUGGAAAGAAAGGUGCAAAUUUAGUCACAUUGAAUUAUUCAGAAGCCAAAGCGAUCAAACAAGAUAAUGGAGUAAUUAUGAUGACUCCCGAAACCAUAGGAGAACCAGGAUACGAAAUGCCAGUAAUAAACUAUUCCAUGUUCAAUACUCAGAAGUACAGGUAUAUGUAUGGAAGUGGAGUCUUCGAGACUGGAAUAUUUAAAAACUCAUUAUUGAAACUGGAUAUUGCUACGGGAGAAACGAUCACAUGGAAAGAAAAAGAUUCAAUGUAUCCCAGUGAACCUGUUUAUGUACCAAGACCUGGAUCCGUUGAAGAGGAUGAUGGUGUAUUACUUUCUGUAGUGUUAGACACCGAUCUUGAUGCACCAGAUUUCCUUAUGGUAUUGGAUGCCCGUACAUUCAAGGAAUUGGGCCGCGCUAUAGUGCCAAAUGAUGUUAAACUUCCGCCAUCUGUACAUGGGGUAUUUUUAAUGGAUUAAGACUGUUGAUGUUUGAAUUGUUUCAGUAUUUAUUGGAGUUAUUUGUACAUAUGUAAUACUUGUUUUAUUGAUAAAAUUUUAAUUUUUUUCUAACUGAAUUUAAUAAAUUUUUGCUAUACUUCAAAA